CAUUAGAACGGUUCUCAUACAACUUCUACAAUCCCACUCUUCAAUUCCUACAAAGAAGAUUUUGAUUUCAAAUAUUCAUCUUCAGAAUACUUAUAAGCUGCUUCAUCUCACGCAACUAUUUCUUUUUCAUCCAGCAUUGCUUCAUCUAACGCUUUCAUAUCUUCUAUCAUCCCAAUCUCUAGCUACUACAAAGGGCAAUUGGACUUUGAAGUCGUCAUCCAACCCACAUUAUUCGAUCACUAUGUCUCCCACAAAUCGAGUUCCAUCCAUGCGCAUGAACCCCUCUGGCACGCGCGACAGUCCCACAUUCAUCGACGAACUUGCUAAAGAAGAGGCGAAAAACCAAUCAAAGGGCGAUUCGGAGAGUACCUUUUCCGACGCUUCGACACUUCAAGGCAACGAGCAAUUUUCGAAACCGAAACGCGGACUAUUCAGUAAAAUUCGUUCUUUCACGCCAUCCCGAAAAGAAGAUGCCGUCAGAGAGUAGAUGAAAGGGGUGGCAAUCUUUAUUGGAUACGGGGAGUUUGAGUUGAGCCCUUUGAGAGGGCGGUUGCGGAUUCUCCGUGUCCUCUGUGAAACGUGUGGUCUAUUGUCGGAGAUGUGGUGUAUGGUACCUGGCGUUUCCGUGUCUGUGCUAAUUGACUUCCUUGGUCAGUGGGCGCAUCAUUUGGAUGGGUGGUGGCUCAGUGGUUAUUCGGAAAACACAAUUUUAUCAGGC